UAAGAGAUGAUUUUCGUCGUUCUCUGCGUACUGGUUGCCAUCCUGGCGCUGGUUUAUCUGUUCCUGACAUGGGAGUUCGGAGUCUGGGAAAAGUAUGGCAUCAAAGGACCGAAACCGAGACUGCUGUUUGGAAAUAUACCGAAUAUGUUGACUCAGAAACGGCACAUCGUUUACGAUUAUGAUCAGAUUUACAAUGACUACAAAAACGAACCAGUUGUUGGAUACUACAGUGCACGAACUCCCCAGUUGUUGAUAAGGGAUCCGGGCUUGAUCAAAGAAGUGCUGAGCAAGAGUUUUUACAACUUUGCGGACAACGAUUUUUCCGACACGGUUGAUGAAAAAUCUGACCCCCUUCUAGCGCGUAAUCCCUUCAGUUUAAGUGGUGAACAAUGGAAAAGUCGUAGGGCCGAAAUCACACCUGCUUUCACCAACAAUCGGAUUAAAGCAAUGGCAUUCCUCAUGGAGGAAGUAUGCGAACAAAUGACCAAAUAUGUGAAAAACCAAGUCAGCCCUUCCAGCGGAGCAGCGACAUUGGACGCUAAAGAGCUCAUGGCAAAGUACACCACUGACGUAGUAGCUAGCUGUAUCUUUGCCAUCGACGCCCAGUCGUUUGUGAAGGAAAAUCCUGAAAUUCGGGCAAUGGGCAAGCGCAUUAUGAACUUCAAUUUCGUUGUUCAGUUCAUCAUGCUCAUGACCACCUUUUGUCCUUCCAUCAAGAAAUUCUACAAAUUUACCCUGAUCCCAAAAGAUGCGACGGAUUUCUUCAUCCGCAUCAUGCAGGAUGCAAUUCUCUACCGUAAGACGAACAACAUCAACCGCACGGAUUAUCUGGACCAUCUGAUUCAGCUGCAGGAGCGAAAGCAGAUCACCGACAUCGACAUCGCAGGCCAUGGUGUGUCGUUCUUUGCAGACGGGUUUGAAACUUCUAGUAUACUGUUAACGUACUGCCUGUACGAUCUGGCCACCCAUCCGACGGUGCAGGAUACACUACGCGCAGAGAUACGGCGGGUGAAGGAGAGUGACGAUGGCAUGACAUACGAGCGUCUCAUGGAGAUGGCCUACCUGGAUCAGGUCAUCUGCGAGUCCCAGCGUAUGCAUCCGAUCAUUGCCGUCAUGGCGAAACGUUGCACCGUCGACACCACCUUGGUCGGACCGAAAGAUCGUAAAAUAUUCGUCAAGAAAGGAACCACCGUUGCUCUGCCUUACUAUUCUAUCAGCUUCGAUCCUGCCUACUAUUCUGAACCGCAAAAGUUCGAUCCGGAGCGUUUUUCAGCCCAGAACGGUGGCAGCAAGGCGUACCGGGAGCGCGGUGUAUACUUUCCAUUUGGCGAGGGUCCGCGCAUGUGUCUGGGAAUGCGGUUCGCAUUGGCCCAGGUCAAACGCGCCAUCGUGGAGAUCGUGCUCAACUUUACGCUGUCUGUCAACGCUAAAACAGUCGAACCGUUCCAAAUGGAUCCGGCACAAUUCAUGCUGAUGCCGAAAGGAGGCAUUUGGUUGGACUUCAAACCUAUAUCACAGUGAAGAAGUGGAUUUUGAAAAAGCUGAAAGGCAUA